AUGCAGCCUCAUACCCUCAUCCUUCUAGCCGCUGCGCUACGGAGAGCUAGCGUUCUAGCUGCUCCAGUCACUGUAUCCGCAGAUGAGAGCGCCAUAGUUUUCACCGGCAAGGAGAUGGACAAACGGCAGACCGGCUUCCGCACCGCAGCAUACGCGCACUUGUAUCGCGAGGCCGCAGACGCGGGACUGGCGGAAGAGAAAGCCGAGGAGAGAAGCACGGCAGAGACUGAGGAUGCUGUGCUCGUAGAUCGAGAUGCAGAGAAAUAG